CUUUUUUUCUGCAUCCGUACAGUUCACUAUUUAUUUGUUGUUCGUUCGUUUUAAUACACAGAAUUAAAAUGGACUUUGCUACAGCAGCCGGUGAAGCACACCAAUUUAAUUGGUUAGAACAAAAGUGGAACGCCCUCUAUGAUGGACGCAAUCCUUUGAUUGUCACCGGUAUUCUCGCCUUUACUCUGCACGAAUUGGUUUAUUUUGGUCGUUUCUUGCCUUUCCUUGCCUGUGAUUACAUUCCUUAUUUCAAACAGUAUAAGAUUCAACCAAACAAAGUCAACACCACUGCCGAUUAUAUCAAUUGUACAAAAAAAGUUGUAUUCCAACAUUUCUUCUAUGAAGGUCCUCUUAUUUUCCUUUUCCAUCCCAUGGCUACUUAUUUGGGCAUGAAUGUCGAAGCUCCUUUCCCCGCCUGGAAAUACAUUUGGCCUCAAAUUGCUAUUUUCUUCGUUUUUGAAGAUGGCUUCCAUUAUGUUGUUCACAGAAUUAUGCACUGGCCUCCUCUUUACAAGAGCAUUCACAAGGUUCAUCACGAAUAUGCUGCUCCCUUUGGUAUUGCUGCUGAAUAUGCUCAUCCCUUAGAAACCUCUAUUCUUGGUAUGGGUACCAUUGGUGGUCCUCUCCUCUAUCAUAUUGUCCAAAAGACCUACUUCCACGAUGACCGUAACUGGCAACUUCAUCUUUUCACUAUGCUUUUGUGGAUCGUCUUCCGUCUUUUCCAAGCCGUUGACUGCCACUCUGGUUAUGAUUUCCCUUGGUCCCUUCGUCACUUCCUUCCCUUCUGGGCUGGUGCUGAUCAUCAUGAUUAUCAUCAUAUGGCUUUCGUUGGCAACUACGCUUCUUCUUUCCGUUGGUGGGAUUACCUCUUCGGUACUGAUACAAAGUAUCGUGCUUACCGUGCCCGUCAAGCCGAAGAAAAGCGCCUCAAAAAGAAGAAGGGAUUGUAAAUUUCUCUCGUCUCCUAUAUUGUCAUACUAUUUCAUCUCUUAAAUAUCAUGUAAAAUAAUCUUUUAUAAUCUGUUGUGUUUAUCUUUUUUCUUUUAACUACUACUUUUUACCCGUAUAUCAAAUUCUUACAAUGUUCUUGCAUUUUUCAUGUAUAAAGUUUGAAUUAUUUUAAUAGCAAA